AAUCCUCAUAUCUGAGAUCAUCAUACAGGGCACUUGUUACAUCGUAAUAUGAGAUGUACGGCAACAUAGUUAAUUGACUUUGCUGUUUGAUUUGUUCGCUUGCAAAUUACAUUAGAACAGUAGGCUUCAUUGAUUUCGCAUUUACGUGCGUUCUUUUUGGCCCUUACUGCUAUCCAUAGCAAAACUUGUGGAAAAGGACAGGGGGGAAAUGGCUACGAAGACGAACGACAACAACGAUUUAGCAGUGGAGUUGAGCUCUACUUCUAAAGAAGAGCAUUCCAGGUCUAGUGGCAUGGGUCAGCCCCGCAGGAGCCCGUCAGAGGAAGGAGAGGGGGAAAACGAUGUGGCACAGCAGAGGAGCAGCAUGGAAGCUACAGAGGGGGCAGAUAGCCCUGCAGCCAGUCCUGGACACAAAGGUCCCAGAGCGGCCAGCUCAGAGGCCCCCAUAGUUCUAGGCAGUCCUGGAGUGGCCAGUCCAGGAGUAGCCAGCUCCAGAGCCACCAGGGGUAGUAGGGCCCCAUCCAGUGCCAGUGUCAGCCAGGAGGAAGAUGAGUCCAGCGGCUCUGAUGGGAGCAGUGAUGAGGCAGUAGGCUGCAGGAUGAAGAGCAGCGUGGCACAGAUCAUGCGUGGUCCAGAUGACCAGAGUGCGAACAGAGGCAGGAGCCCCACCCCAGAUGACAGGGAUGGUGAUCGCCGCAGUUCCUGCUCUAGGUCCCGUUCCCGAAGUCAGGAGAGGGACCGGCGCUACGGUGGAGGAGGUUAUGGCAGGUCAAGGGAGGAUGAUCGUAACAGGGACCGAUACUACGAGCGCCAGUCAAGUCGUGACAGAGAGGCUGAGUUCAGGAGGAGAGGCCGGUCGCCCUCCCCAGCCAAGAAAAACCCAGCUACAGAGGAACCACCAGUGAAGAAAAAGAAGGAGGAACUGGACCCUAUCCUGACCAGGACUGGUGGAGCUUACAUUCCCCCGGCCAAACUGCGCAUGAUGCAGGCCCAGAUCACUGACAAGAGCAGUCUGGCGUACCAGCGUAUGAGCUGGGAGGCUCUGAAGAAGUCCAUCAACGGUCUGAUCAACAAGGUGAAUGUGUCCAACAUCGCCAUGAUCAUUCAGGAGCUGCUGCAGGAGAACAUUGUUAGGGGCAGAGGUCUCCUGGCCAGGUCCACCCUGCAAGCCCAGAGUGCUUCGGCCACCUUCACCCACGUCUAUGCUGCUGUGGUAGCCAUCAUCAACUCCAAGUUCCCUCAGAUAGGAGAGCUCAUCCUCAAGAGACUCAUCCUUAACUUCCGCAAGGGCUACCGGAGGAACGACAAGGCACAAUGUCUCACGGCAUCAAAGUUUGUUGCUCAUCUCGUCAAUCAGAAUGUGGCCCAUGAGGUCUUGUGUCUGGAGAUGUUGACUCUGCUCCUGGAGAGACCUACUGACGACAGCGUGGAGGUGUCCAUCAGCUUCCUCAAGGAGUGUGGCCUCAAACUCACGGAGGUUUCCCCUAGGGGCAUCAAUGCCAUUUUCGAGCGGCUGCGCAACAUCCUUCACGAGUCAGAGAUUGACAAGCGGGUGCAGUACAUGAUCGAAGUGAUGUUUGCCAUCAGGAAGGAUGGGUUUAAGGACCACCCUAUCGUCCCAGAGGGGCUGGACCUGGUGGAGGAAGAAGAUCAGUUCACACACAUGCUGCCCCUAGAGGACGACUACAACCAAGAAGAUAUACUCAAUGUCUUUAAGAUGGAUACAGACUUCUUGGAGAACGAGGAGAAGUACAAAGCAAUUAAAAAGGAGAUCCUGGAUGAGGGCAGCAGCGACUCUGGAGAGGAUGCCAAUGGAAGUGAUGAUGAUGAAGAUGAUGAUAAUGAUGGAGAAAAGGAGGGGGAAGAGGGUGGAGAUGAAGCAGAGAAAGUCACCAUCUUUGACCAGACGGAAGUCAACCUAGUCGCAUUUCGCCGUACCAUCUAUCUCGCCAUCCAGUCAAGUUUGGAUUUUGAGGAGUGUGCCCACAAAUUGAUCAAGAUGGACUUUCCUGACAGCCAAACGAAAGAGCUGUGCAACAUGAUUCUGGACUGCUGUGCCCAACAGAGGACAUACGAGAAGUUCUUUGGUCUUCUAGCAGGGAGGUUUUGUCUGCUGAAGAAGGACUACAUGGAGAGUUUUGAGGCCAUCUUCAUGGAGCAGUAUGAAACCAUCCAUCGCCUAGAGACCAAUAAACUGAGGAACGUUGCUAGAAUGUUCGCCCAUCUCUUGUACACAGACUCAGUCCCGUGGAGUGUGCUGGAAUGUAUUAAAGUCAGUGAGGACACCACCACCUCAUCCAGUCGUAUCUUCGUCAAGAUCUUGUUUCAGGAGCUCUGUGCCUAUAUGGGACUUCCCAGGCUCAAUGAACGACUCAAGGAUAUGACGCUGCAGCCCUUCUUUGAGGGUCUUUUUCCUCGUGACAACCCCAGGAACACCAGAUUCGCCAUUAAUUUCUUCACCUCCAUCGGCCUGGGUGGACUUACGGAUGAGCUCCGUGAGCAUCUAAAGAACGCCCCCAAGAUUAUCAUGACCCAGAACCAGGAAGUGGAGUCGUCUGACACCGACUCGUCCUCUGACUCGUCCUCCUCAGACAGUGACAGCAGCGACAGUGACAGCUCUGACUCUUCCAGUGACUCCUCCUCCUCAUCCAGCAGCAGCUCGGAUUCUGAAUCGAGGCGUAAGAAGAGCAAGGGCCAGAGAAAAAAUAAGAAGAGUGACAAAGACAAGAAGAAAGACAAGAUGACCAAGUCCAAGGCUUCUUCCAAAAAUACCUCCUCAAAUCAGAAGUCACCACUGGAGCAACGGCCCAAUAAGAGCCCGAGAAACGACAACCGUCGCUGCAAUGACAGCAGUAGCGAUGAGGAGGCGGCGAAGCGUGGUGGGAGUAGACCAGAGCCUGAGGACCACCACAAAUUCUCUCGCCACCGGGGUCGAGAAGAAGACGCGCCGCAACUCAUGUAUGAGAGACCCCACCGCAACCGUGGGGGGCACCAAGAUGAGGAGCAGCCUCGUGGCAGGCCUGACAGAGGCAGAGACUACGAGGACAGUGACAGACAUCCAGAGUCCCGCAGGCACAACAGGGACGAUGGGGGGAAAUAUGAUGGGAAACACCAAGCCCCCCAGGUUGACCAGGCUGACCAUGACAGAGUCAGACACCGCAGCCCUGAGAAGGAACCAGCCAGGUACAGAAACAGAGAGAGGUCAAAGUCACGGGAGAAGAGCAGCCGCAAGGAGAAAGACACAGAUUCUUCCAGGAACUCGUACAGGAACGGGGUGGAGCAGCAAGCAGAGCGGGCGGACAAGGAGAACCGCCAUCACUCUGACAGAUACAGAGAACCCAGGAGAAACGAGGAACGGAGCAGGGAUAGCUCCCCACGUAGACGGAGAUAGCCGGACGGACGUUACUCAAAAAGGAAAUGUACUAGGCUUACAUUCCAAUGUCCAUACUAGCAUACUACAAGUACAUGUCCAGAACUUCAUUCUAAGUAGUGUGCUAGUGUGAACGUUGAAACAGAGCCUACGCUGUAGUCAUGCUGUUCAUAAGCCAGUUGUAAAUUGGACUCAUCCAUCUCAUCCUCUGCCAUAGUUCUGUGCCUCUCAAUGUAUACAGUUUAUGCAUAAAAUGUAUGUUUUAUAUCGCCCAAUGAAAUGUCUUUCUUAGAAAUGGUUCAGCGGUUGUAUUGGAACAAUAACAGUACAAAGCUCUGCUUGCAGAAGUAGUGUAUAUAUGAAGGUUUCUUUCUGUGGGUUCUAUCAAUGUAAGACUGGUAAUGUUAAGAAAAUGUGUGAAGUUUGUAUCUGAUGCAACCUAUUUUGGGGGAGGGGGGGGGGGGGGGUAAAAAGAAUGAGACAACAUAUUAAAAACCUUUCAA